GGGUCUUGGAGGUCUCGCGGAUGAGUAGUCCUGCAUCUUCGUAGCGUUAGCCGUUCGCCCCGCUGGCUCGAGCAAACAGCGAUGCCUGGUUGCGGAGAUGUUGAGGCAAUUAUUGUAACAGAAUAGUAAUACAUUGAUUGCAUCUACUGACCGCUGAUUCAUUACUAAUUGGGGGGGCAUCCCACGAUAAACUAGAUGGUCCACUUGGAAGGACUAGGAACGUUUAACUCAACAUCACCAUCGACCAUUUUGACAGCUACCUAUCAUCUUCUUCUUCACGUUAAUGAAAAAGUUUAGACUUUUCUCACUAACGAAGUCUAUCCCACCGAUAUUGAAUCAACAUGUUUGCGCUUACAAGGUCCUCCUCACGUGGCCUUCAACCGUUGACCGCCGUUGCAAGUAACGGAUUCAAUGGACACAGCCGCAGCUACGUAAGCAUAGCUACUCGUGUGCACCGUGUGACGAUGUUCAAGAUGCCGAAGGCUGAGGAUCAGAAAAGGUUUUUGGAGCAGUGUCGGAAGAUGGCUGUUGACAAUAAGAGGGAUGGUACGCCUUACAUACUUAGUAUGGUUGCCGGUCCUGUUGAAGAAGGUCCCCGCACUGAAGGCUACACCUUUGUCAACAAGACCGAGUUCGCCAGCAUGGACGAUAUGAAGUACUACGAGAGCGAGUGUCCUGCUCAUGGAGAAGUGAAGAAAGUCUUAGAUGAGAUUACUAUAGACGGGAUGAUGACCGUCUUCUUUAAGCCGCAGGCUACCGGAGGCACAUAGUGUUUUGGGAUAACUUUGAGGAAGAGGGCUAUACAAAUACAAAUGAGGCUUAUAACUCCA